UCAACAAAAUCGCUAAUAAGAACUGUACAGUGCUUUACACUGUAUGAGACAGCCAUGGCAAUACAGAAUCACCACUAUAAACUCAACAUCAACAUGUUGGUGCUUUUCGCCGUGGCGGUAUCGUUGUCACUUGCGCCCGCAUCUGCGGACCGUGUGCCGCGCACCUGUGGCACGUGUGAACCCAGCCUGUGCGACCCUCUACCAAAGGAGGGCUGCAAGUCUGGCACAAUUUUUGACUCCUGCGGUUGUUGUUCACUUUGCGCGUACGGAGCCGGGGAACCAUGUGGGGGGCGCGGAGCCACAGCCAAGCGUUGCGCCUCUGGACUGGAGUGCAUAAAGAGCGAAAAGGACAGAAAGACAAAGCUCGGCGUUUGCGCCUGCAAAACCAACUACGAAGUGUGUGGCUCCGAUGGGGUGACUUAUAAAACUGGUUGCGACUUGAAAGUUGCCAGCCUGAAAGCGGUGAACGAGGAGAAGCCUGAAAUCAAGAUCUUGAAUAAAGGAAAAUGCUCAACAGCACCUGUCAUUGUGACAGCCCCUGGUGAGGUCUACAAUGUCACAGGCUCCCAGGUCUACCUGAGCUGCGAGGCCAUUGGAAUCCCCACCCCUGUGAUCACCUGGAAGAAGGUACCAGAAGGUCCAACGGUCACCAGCGGAAAACAGAGAAUGGAGCUGCUUCCAGGAGACAGAGACAACCUAGCCAUUCAGACCCGUGGAGGACCUGAGAAACAUGAGGUCACCGGCUGGGUCCUGAUCUCGCCGCUCACCAAGGAAGAGGCGGGUUCGUACGAGUGUCACGCUGUCAACGCCAAGGGAGAGGCCUCAGCGGUGGGCACCAUUCACGUGGUGGAGUCCAUCGAUGACAUCCCUGUCAAGAAAGUGACCAAGGAUGAUGAGCUGUAAGGCAUCUCAGCACAGUAGGGACUCAGUGGCGGCUCCUGCAGGAUCACGAGAGGAGGGAGCAGCCCCAAGCCCCCCCAUCCCCAACUAUCCCACCGCUGACACAAGUAGACCUGUACACUGACUGAGAAAGAGGACCAACACUCACUAUUAGCAUCAAUCAUAUUUAUACUUGAUUUGUUAUUUGAUAACAAGUCAUAGUUUUCAUAGUGAUACUCAGUAUACUGUUUAUGCACAAGCAUCAACGUUGCAUCUCACAACAUUGAAAGUUACCAUCAUGGACAUCCACAAGACACAUCGAGGCCUCACACACAUUUUUCUUGUCAGUGGCAUCACACACAAGUCAAUCUUUAAAAUGUGCAAGUUACUGCCAAAAUAAUUUAAACAAUUUAAAUGAGGUAUACAAAGUAUAUUGAAAGCAGGUAUUAUUCCUGGCUUAAUUAAGCAAUUAUAACAUCCCAUCAUGCUUAGGGUCAUGUAUAAAAAUGCUGGGCAUUCCAUUAUUUUGGCUACCAUGGCUAUGGAUGACAAUGCCUGCAUCCACAGGGCAAGAGUGGUCACAAUGGUUUGAUGAGCCUGCAUGGCUUUCUCAGUCACCAGAUCUCAACCCAAUUGAACACGUGGGGAUUCUGCAGUGGCGCCUGAGACAGCAUUUUCCACCACCAUCAGCAAAACACCAAAUGAUGGAAUUUCUCAUGGAAGAAUGGUGUCGCAUUACUCCAAAAGAGUUCCAGACACUUGUAUAAUCGAUGCCAAGGUGCAUUGAAGCUGUUCUGGCUCGUGGUGGCCCUACACUACUAAAACACUUUAUGUUGGUGUUUUCUUUAUUUUGGCAGUUUCCUGUAUGUGCGCACACAUAUGCAUGCUCAACCAAACUCAGCAGUAUUUCACAUCUGCCUUACUCUUCCACCAUCUCUUCCUUUGAUGUAGUUUUCUAUGUUUUUGUGAAUUUAUUUACUCUAAAGAAUUUUACCCUGGGUACCUCAAAAAUAUUACAUUUCAAGGCCAUCAUGGUUGGCCAAGGCAGAAACAUACUGACAUGCAGGCUAAAAAUAACUAAAAUCACAACUUGCAAAACGAAUGAAUAUGAAUAAAUCAUUACAUUCGAGAUUCCACUUUUUAUUUAUAACGUACACUAUUUUUCUUUGACCUCCUGAAAAGUACACAAAUUAUUCUUUCCCUUGACACAUGGUACUUGAUAAUCCAUAAAGCCAUGCCUUUGCAAAAGCCAUUGUGUGGAGUGAGCGAUCUGGAAUGACAGGCAGGCUUAACCAGACACAAGGCUUUCUCUAGCAUUCAUAUAACCCCAGGGCUCAUAUACCACAGGUUUAGCUAACAAACCACACAGCGGCGGAUGUCUGGGGAUGUACUGUAGGGUAUAUUGAGGAAACGACAAGUUUGAAAUGGCGUAGAAAAAGAGGAGGUUUUAUGUUGGAAUGCAGAGAUCCACGUUCGGUGCUAUUGCUAAUAGUCUGCGACUCCAAUGAAGGGGCCAGUGGACAUUGCUUUUACCAAAAUGUUGCUAGUUUUUCAGCUUAAGGAUGUAUUUGAUGUAUUCACUUUGAUGUAUGGUUUACUAACACUGAUGUUACUACCAUGGGACACUUGCUGUACAUUACUAAUAAAUACAAAAUGGACUACAA